AUGUUCCAGGACCGCAAGCAAGCUACGGCAGCAACGGCAACUGCGUCGGUACCAGAUGCCUUCAACCAACCCUUCUUCCCCGACGAGCCUCAGGGCCCUAUGGUGCGAACCGCCAUUCCUGGACCUAAGAGCAGGGAAGCUAUCAGGCAAUUGGACAAAGUAUUUGACACACGCAGUCUGAACAUGAUGGGAAACUAUCAAGACAGCUUCGGCAACUACAUUGCUGAUCUCGACGGCAAUGUCUUGCUCGAUGUCUAUGCUCAAAUUGCUUCCAUUCCCGUUGGCUAUUCGAACCCUUCGCUAUUGCUGGCCGCAACAUCAAAGGACAUGGCUUCGGCCAUCAUCAACAGACCUGCUUUGGGAAACUUCCCUCAGCAUGAUUGGGCCAAUAUUCUCGAGACUGGUAUUCUGCGUGUCGCACCCAAGGGCUGCAACCAAGUCUUCACUGGUCAGUCGGGUAGUGAUGCUAACGAGCUCGCUUUCAAGGCUGCCUUCAUGUGGAAGAGAGGUCAACAACGUGGUGGCCCCGAUGUCGAUUUCACCGAAGAGGAGAUGCAAUCGUCCAUGAAUAAUCAAGCCCCUGGCGCUCCCCAACUCAGUAUCAUGUCCUUCAAGUCUGGCUUCCACGGCCGCAUGUUUGGUUCUCUCUCGACUACUCGCAGCAAACCCAUCCAUAAGCUCGAUAUUCCCGCCUUCGACUGGCCUCAAGCACCUUUCCCUAUGCUCAAGUACCCACUUGAACAGUUUGCCGAGGAGAACGCUCAAGAGGAGGCCCGUUGUCUCGAGGAGACUGAGCGUCUGAUCAAGUCGUGGCACCUGCCUCCGGCUGCUAUCAUCAUCGAACCCGUCCAGUCUGAGGGCGGUGACAACCACGCCUCGCCAGCCUUCUUCCGUGGACUUCGCGAAAUUACACGUAGAAACGAUGUCCUGAUGAUUGUCGACGAAGUUCAGACUGGUGUUGGCGCAACUGGAAAGUUCUGGGCCCACGAUCACUGGAACCUCGAAGACCCCCCAGACAUGGUGACUUUUAGUAAGAAGGCACAGACCGCUGGUUACUACUUCGGCAAUGAUGAAUUGAGACCUAACAAGCCAUACCGCCAAUUCAACACCUGGAUGGGUGACCCGGCUCGUGCCAUCCUCUUCCGCGCCAUUAUCAACGAGAUUGAACGUCUCAAUCUGGUCCAGAACACCGCCGAGACUGGUGACUACCUAUACGCUGGCCUUGAACGCUUGGCUCAAAAGUAUCCCGAUGAGAUUCAGAACCUUCGUGGAAAGGGCCAGGGCACAUUCAUUGCUUGGGACUCACCACGCCGUGAAGACUUCCUUGCCAAGGCAAAGGGCGUUGGUAUCAACAUUGGUGGCAGUGGUGCUCAAGCCAUCAGAUUGAGACCUAUGCUGAUUUUCCAGAAGAAGCACGCUGACAUUCUGCUCGAGGGUAUCGAAAAGGUCUUCCAAUCCUGA